AUAAUUAGAAAAAUGCACCCAUCUAACAGAUGGUAAAAAGGGAGCAGCACAUCAACAAAAAGUAAUUAAACAAAGCUGUCCAACUGCCUUUGCCUCCCCUCUUUGUUUUCUUUUAAAAACUCACUCUUCAUACAGUUGUUCAAACCUCAAGAUCUGAAUUUUAGAAACUCAAAACAGCAUUCAAGAAGUAGAAGAGAAACAAAGAAAGAGAGGUAAACAUGAAAAGUAGUAGAAAAGGGAAAGGACCUCCCUCAGCAGAUCUUUUAGUGUGUUUUCCAUCUAGAGCACAUUUAUCCCUUAUGCCAAAACCAAUAUGUAGCCCAGUAAGACCUUCAGAUUCCAUUAAACGCCACCAAAAUCAUGACCUCAAGAAAAUUAGCACCAGAAUUAGUGGGGUUGCAGCCCAAUCUAGUCCUCUUCUUUGGUCUAAAUCCAAGAAUUCAGAGAUAAUUUCAGAGCCCACGUCACCAAAAGUCACUUGUGCAGGGCAGAUAAAGGUAAGGUCAAAGCCAGGGAGUUCAUGCAAAAAUUGGCAAUCAGUGAUGGAAGAAAUUGAGAAGCUACACAACAGAAAGGCACAAAAGAAGAAUUGGAUGGAAGCAAUUGGAAUAAAAAAAGAUGCAAUGCAAUUCUUGACUUGUCUUCGUAAUAUAAGGUUUGAGUUUCGUUGCUUCGGUUCAUUUCCAACAGCAGCUCAUGACAUCACUUCUGAUGAAGAUGAGGAAGAUGAGGAAGAAGAAGAAGAAGAAAAUUACGCAGGAGGCAGAGAGAUAAAUGAUGAAGAAGAUAACAAAGAAAAUUCAAGAACUGUAUUUUCCAAAUGGUUCAUGGUUUUGCAAGAUGAGAAUCAGAAAACAGAGAAAGAUAACUCAAAUGAUGAUAAUGAUGAUGUUCCAAAUUGUGCACCACCACCUAAUGCACUUUUACUUAUGCGAUGUCGUUCUGCUCCGCCAAAAAACUGGCUUGUAGAAAAACAGCAAGAAGAAGAAGAGGGCAUUAAUGAAGAAGAAAAGAAAGCAACUUUAGCUUUGGAAGAAAUGGAAAACAAGAGGAAAAAUGAAAGCUUAGUGGUGAUGAGAUGUGGGAGUGAUUUCCACAAAUUAUCAGCUGAUAUAGCAAAGGAGACAUGGGUUGUGGGAGGAGUUAGAGAUCAAUUAACUAGAAGUCGAAGCUGGAAAAGGUGAUUGAAUCCAUAAUUAACUUCAAGAUCAAUGUUCUUCUGGUUUUUUUUAUUUACUUACAUUUUCGUUAUAUGUUCUGAUGUUUGGAUUUCUUAAUUAUCUGAGUUUGUGUUGGUAUUAUGAACUCUGAAGAAUCGAGCUUUUGGUAUUUGAUUCUCGGGGAGUGCCGACCCGCGCUCCUACUUGUAUAUAGUCUGCUUUUCUAAAAGAAGAAUUUCAAUUUUCCAUGU